AUGGCGUUUGAGAGCUGGAAAUUGGUGUUGCUCCAUUGGAUGGAUUUGAGCUUCCAGUUUACCAAGGAGCAUUUUGUAUGGGGUUACUUGGUGCUAGAUCAGUUGACGUUGAUGUUGGCAUCAUUGUCACGUCUAAUGUCAGGUUAUAUAAGUGCAGAUGGUUUGGAGCAAUGUCGUAGACCAGUUAAGCCUUUGGAGCUGUAUGAGUUCCAGGCUUGCCCAUAUUGCCGACGAGUACGGGAAACGUUGCACUAUUUGGCUAUUGACUACAUAUGUUACCCUACGCCGAAGGAGUCGCUUAAGAGUCAGGGUGUUUUCAUCAAUAGCCGAUUCCGGCCGGCUGUGAAGACUCUAGGUGGUAAGUGUCAGUUCCCAUUCCUGGUUGAUAAGAACGUGUUUGACAACGCGGUAGAAUUUGACCCCAAGGUGUCGGCUAUCAUCAAGAACAACACAAGGGACGGUGCUGUGAUGCUUUAUGAGUCCGGAGACAUUAACGCCUACCUGUGGGCCGUGUACGGUGACAAGGCGGUACCCUCUCUGCGAUGGCGUAUUAUCCAAUCAGAGUGGUUCGACUCCGUCAGCCGCGUCAUUACAAUGAUCGCCAGACCUUGCUUGGACAUGGGUGUCUUCAGAGCCGCAUCUCGCCAACCCGAAAAGCCUCUGCAGUUCUGGGGCACUGAAGGCUCCGCACCAUGUGCACGUGUGCUAGAGACUCUUGCCACUCUCGAACUACCCUACCAUUGCCAUCCCAUGCCCCAAGGAUACGCCCCUGUUAGGAAGGCCUUUGCUAAAGAACACGCCGACAAAAUUAGCGGCUGGAGGAAGUCCGUCGGCUUCGUCAAACAGCCUUUCCUCAGAGAUCCUAACACAGGCAUCGAUAUGUUCGAGAGCCGAGACAUUGUACAAUAUCUCAAGAAAACAUACCAAACCGCACCAGUUCCCGGAGAGAGAUGGAUCACCAGUUAA